GGUCUGCUAAUACGUAUACAUAAUAAAUAAAUUAAAAUUUCAAUCAAUAUCAAUAUAUCUGACUUCGUAAAGUAUUCAGAUAAUUUAUGUCAAUAAUGUUUUCUUAGUGAACUGACCAAUUGUUUUUAUUAAAACUCGACUACUGUAAAAAACAAUUCUAUAGAAAGAAAAUGCAUUCGCACACACCGUAAAUAUAAAAAAGUUUUUAAAUGGAAAAUAAUCACGAAAAUAAUUAAUCUAAUUUAAAAUUUCCAAAUACAUGUAACAUUUGGUGUGUGUUAUAAUACAAUUUAUUCUCACGAAAAUGAUAAUCAUAGUGUUUUUAAAUUGAAGACGAAAUUGUAUAUUAUCAAGUAUUUGGAGGUUAGUUUUCCAGCAGACGACGCCCGCUCACCUGUCAAUAUGGAUUUACUUUCGAAAAAUGCUUUCCGCCUUUCCGUAUACAUUCAAAAGAGUAGGUGUUUCAUAAAAACCAAGUAAAUACUGUCUUUUAGCUCAGACGACGUCUAGUCGACGAACAAGUGAUACGUGUCAAUUUUUAUGGUUUUAUUUACUGACGAAAUAUAGUAAGAAGUGAAAGAAUUUUCAUCAGCAAACAUGUGUGGUAUUUUCGCAUAUUUGAACUAUUUGACUCCAAAGAGCCGAAGAGAGAUUCUUGAACUUUUGGUUGGAGGACUGAAGAGGCUCGAAUACCGAGGAUAUGACUCAGCUGGAGUUGCCCUUGACACUCCAGGUGGCAAUGACAUUUCAAUCAUCAAAAAACAAGGGAAAGUUAUUGCCCUCGAAGAGGAAAUAUUUCACUGCAUGAAUUUUGAUUUUGAAUCAAAAAUAGAGAGUCACGUUGGAAUUGCUCACACUCGUUGGGCAACUCAUGGUGUUCCAUCUGAAGUCAAUUCUCAUCCCCAACGAUCUGACAAUGAGCAUGGUUUUGUUGUUGUCCACAAUGGUAUAAUUACCAAUUACAAGGAAGUAAAAACACUUUUGGAACAAAGAGGAUAUAUUUUUGAGAGCGAAACUGACACGGAAAUAAUUGCCAAGUUAAUUCAUCAUCUCUGGGUUCAACAUCCGACCUACUCGUUUCGCGAACUCGUCGAACAAGUCGUUCAACAACUAGAAGGUGCUUUUGCCCUUUGCUUCAAAAGUAAAUAUUUUCCGGACGAAUGUGUCGCUACAAGGCGAGGUUCUCCAUUAUUGGUUGGAAUAAAAACGAAAAAACGUUUAGCUACCGAUCAUGUGCCAAUUCUCUAUGGGAAAGAUGACCUUCCACGCACACCGAAAGAUGGUGAAGCACCAACUAAAGAUCAUCGUCCUCAUGGUCGACCAACAGAAAUUCCGGUUAUGCCAAGAAGCGAGAGUACUUCCGAGUUCCAACCAUUGGAAGAUAAAGAAGUCGAGUAUUUUUUUGCAUCUGAUGCAAGUGCCGUUAUUGAGCACACUAAUCGUGUCAUCUUUAUGGAGGAUGACGACGUUGCUGCUGUGAUGAAUGGAACUUUGAAUAUUCAUCGUGUUCGUCGUUGUAUGGAUGAUCCUCAUGCUCGAGAAAUUACGAUUUUGAAGAUGGAGAUCCAACAGAUUAUGAAGGGUAAUUACGAGUACUUCAUGCAGAAGGAAAUUUUCGAGCAGCCAGAAUCUGUCGUUAAUACAAUGAGAGGACGUCUUAAUUUCCAAAACAACUCCGUCACUCUCGGUGGUAUUAAAGACUAUAUACCGGAAAUAAAAAGGUGUAGACGCUUAAUGCUCAUUGGCUGUGGAACAAGUUAUCAUUCAGCAGUUGCAACGAGACAACUUUUGGAAGAAUUGACCGAAUUGCCAGUAAUGGUUGAACUUGCUUCUGAUUUUUUGGAUCGAAAUACUCCCGUUUUUAGGGAUGACGUCUGUUUCUUUAUAUCACAAUCAGGUGAAACUGCUGACACAUUAAUGGCUCUUCGUUAUUGUAAAGGAAGAGGAGCAUUGAUUGUUGGAAUUACAAAUACAGUUGGCAGUAGCAUUUGUCGUGAAUCGCAUUGUGGAGUUCACAUUAACGCAGGUCCAGAAAUCGGUGUUGCAAGUACAAAAGCAUACACUUCUCAAUUUAUUUCUCUUGUCAUGUUUGCCCUUGUAAUGAGUGAAGAUCGAAUUUCUCUGAAGGCUCGACGUGAACAGAUUAUCGAGGGUUUGAAAAAUUUGGAUAACCAAAUUCGUGAGGUACUUAAAUUGGACGACAAAGUGAAGGAACUUGCAAAAUCACUAUUCCAGCACAAAUCACUUCUUAUUAUGGGCCGAGGUUAUAAUUUUGCCACAUGUAUGGAGGGAGCUCUGAAAGUGAAAGAGUUGACAUACAUGCACAGCGAGGGUAUUAUGGCUGGAGAAUUAAAACACGGCCCAUUAGCUCUUGUUGAUGAUUCAAUGCCAGUCAUUAUGAUUGUCAUGCGAGAUCCAGUUUAUGUCAAAUGUAUGAACGCCUUGCAACAAGUGACGGCACGUGAAGGAAGGCCAAUUAUUAUUUGCGAGGAAGGUGACGAGGAAACAAAAUCGUUUGCUGAUAGAACUUUGGAAAUACCAAAAACUGUUGAUUGUCUUCAAGGAAUUUUGACGGUGAUUCCAAUGCAACUUUUGUCAUUUCACAUUGCUGUUUUACGAGGCUGUAACAUUGAUUGUCCCAGGAAUCUUGCAAAAUCAGUCACUGUAGAAUAGAAGAGAAAAAAAAGAGACAGCUCGUAAAAUUUAACAUCAAAUCAAGAAUAUUGAGAGAGAAAAAAUUAUUUUUCAAUGUCAAAAAAAAAGAAAUUGUCAAGAUUGCAUUUAAGAAAUCGAUAUUAAAUCAUAGUGGUGAAAUUAUCACUUGAUGUGAUAAUCAAUUCCUUUUUAUAGAAUUAAGAAAUAUAUUCUAAUAUAUUAAUUGGCAUCGUAUAACAAAAAAUAAUAAUUAAGACGAUAAUGACAACGAUAUUGUUGAAAGUGACGAAAAUUAUAAUUUUUCCAUUAAGGUAUUUUACAAAAUUUAAAAAAUCAAAAUCAAUGGAAAUUUUAAUUGAAUUAGUAAAUAAUUGUCCGUACUUAUAGAAAUAAUUAUGUUUUUAUGUUUAAUUUAUUAGAAAUUUAGUGCUUUUUUUUCUUUAUUUUCGAUUACGAAACUUUUGAUAUUAGAUUGCAUUAUUUAAUGUAGUCAUGUGAUUAUUGUGUGACUUUCUCGUUAUUCAUAAAUUAAGAAAGGAGUGUUUUAUGUUCACGUUUUUGUCUAUAAGAUGGAAUUUUUUAAUGACAGUGAAUUCUUUUUCCUAUAGAAAAGUUAAUUUGACUCGCGCAGGCGCGAUAUAUUAAUUGAUUUUAAAAUUGACAUAAAAACAAUAAAUAAUAUUUUUUAUUUUCAUUGUGAAUUGUUUAAAAAGAUCUAUUUGUAAUUAACUAAAGUUUAUGCUUUUUUUGUUGCUAUUAUAUCAAUAUAAUAAAAUGUAAAUCUAAAUUAAAAUUUAAAAAUUAUUUUUGAAAAACUUGAGUUAUUUUUCAAGAGAAAGCACUCUUUUCUUAAUUUUCGAAAAAUUGUAUUUAGUUAUAAAAUGCUUUUUGAAUAUUGUAAACAAUACAAAUGAAUUGUAUCAUUUUUUUUAUGAAAUAAUUUAUUUAUAAUAUGCAUUUAAUAUUUAAAGUAUAUAUUUUAUUUGUAUAAUUUGUUUAUCUACUAUUUUAAAAGUGCAUUUAUAGAUUAGAUUAAUUUUUUAAAUAUUUACGAUUACAUUAUUUUUAAAAACAAUUUGAUGUUAAUUUGUUACUUUUACUGUAAUAUUACAUAUACAUGUGUUUUUUCUUGUUGAAUUUUAAAUUAAAUAUCAUGUAAUUGCAAUAUAUGUAAUAAAUGAAAAGUUACAUUUU